AUGCUCUCAGGUACAGAUUCGCUGGUGGUCACCCACCCAACUACCAACUGGCCAACGAACUUUUUGCCAGAAAAGCAAGCGUUCAGCGCGCCAAAGCCUCCUCAUCCCUAUGUCCCAGGGCAAGAAUUCCGCGCUUUCUCCUAUGUACCCCCGCCUCCAAUUUAUAAUCGCUCUUGGACCGCUAAGACUAUGAGGGAACGAGAAAGUGUAGAUCCUGUGGAGCGUGGCAUAAGGAACCCUCCAGCGCCCGGACAGACAGGAACAGAUCCAAUUCACUUCAAGAUCAUCGACUCAAUCCACACAGGAGAUAAGCAUGCUGCUCAGCUUGUUACUGUUCAAAUCCUCGACCUUCCAGAGACCCCUGCAAGGGACGAUGAUACAAAGUUCUAUGGUUCAUUCACCCUCGAACUUCCAAUUCCUGACAGAGUCGAAACUCGCUCUGUCCGACUCAUCCUUAUACAACUGUUGCCAGGCAUUUCCAUGAACGCAUUGAAUCCUGCAGACUUCUCACAAGAAACACGCCAGGCUAUCAUGAAGGCGGUCGUCGACAUAGAAUCCUUGAUGUAUACCUACAAUGUUUUUCAUUGUGAUACCCAUCCACGGAACGUGAUGGUCCUGCAGGAUAAUAAUAAUCCUCCUGGGUCGCUUCAUGUCAAGUUCGUCGAUUUUGGGAACUCUCGUCAUCGGGUUCCUUACUGGGAACCCUGGUGUACCGGCGCCCGUGCAGAACGAUUUCUCCCAGGAGUGCCUAUAUCUCCUCUACUUCGCUGGGACCAAAGAAGGCACCUCCCGGAUGAAUUCCGCAACUGGAUUGAUUGGGACUGGACUCUUGGCUGGAUCGGGAGUAUGGAUCGACAAAGGAUUCCAUAA